AUGCAGUUCAAGAGCACCAUCCUCGCCAUCGGCCUCCUCGUCAGUGCCUGUACAGCUACUGCCAUCCCCGAGGCUCAGCCCAAGGCCCCUGAACUUGAUCUGUCCAAGCGCGCUUGUAACGGGGAUGGAUACCGGAAGUGCACCCAGACGUGCCCCGGUGCUGGCGAUGCCGCCCUUGGAUGCUGGGUUGGGUGCUGCACUGCCUGGGACUGUUGCUAG